ACGAGCACUAAAGGAAAGACGCUAAAUAUCUUAAGUAAAUAAUAGUGUAAGCAUUUUUAUUUAAUCAAUCAACAAUUGCAAGUCUGAAAAAAUAUUAGUAAUGUCAGAAAAUGAAAAUAAGCAUAUAGGGCCAGGAAUGAUAGAAAUAAAUGAAAUUAAUGGAUAUUGGACAUACCUAAAGAGUAUUGACUGGACAGAUCCUUGGUUAAUUGGUUUAGUGCUAUUUCAUCUUUUGACAACAAUUACAGCAUUAACUACUAGAAAUAGAACCAAUUUUCAAAUAUUCUUGUUCUUAGUUUUAUUAUCGAUGGCUUACUUUUCCGAAAGUAUAAAUGAACAUGCUGCUGCCCACUGGCAAAGCUUUUCGAAACAACAAUAUUUUGACAGUAAUGGUCUUUUCAUAUCAACCGUAUUUUCAAUUCCAAUUCUUCUAAAUUGCAUGCUACUUAUUGGAGCUUGGCUUUACAACUCUACUCAAAUGAUGACAAAAUUAAAAACGGCCCAAUUGAAAGAAAAUUUGAGACGGCAGAGUAGCAAUAAAAACAAAAAAAUUGAAUAAAAGAUAUACAUAUAUAAUAUACAUAUUAUAUACAUAUAUUGCCUGUGUUCGUAUGUUAAUGUUGUUUUAGUAACUAUGUUUAAAUUUUUUUAAUUUCUUAUUAGAAUCGGAUAUAUUUGUGAAUUAGUGAAAACUCAAAUACUUUUAAUCAAACUGGAAAAUUAAAAUUAUUCACAAUUUAUAUAAAAAUUUUAUCAAUGUAGGUAAUUCUAUCUAUAAUAUAAUAUAUAAAAAGAUAUUCUGGAUUUAAAUUCCAACAAAUUUUAAUAUUUAUUAACAUAAAUUUACGAGUACAUAACUAGCUAACUUAAGGCUGUAUUUACAUAGGUUUUAAAUAAAUAAAAAAAACAAGUUUUAAAUACAAAUGUAACACAAAACAUAUAAGGUAAAUUUAAUGAAUUUGAAAUCAAUGGCAAUUCAAGCACUAGCAAUAGUAACAAUCAAUUGAUUUUGUAAUUUAGUAAUUACAAAAUCAAUAGAGUAAACAAUAACAAAAUUCCCGCAUAUAUAUCGGUCUUUUAGUUUCCUGCUUAACGAUAAAGUCAAUUUUAUAUUCAAAUUAAACAUUUAACACAAAUACUAUAGAAGUAAUCUUUAGAGCAAAUGUGGGUACUUUGUGUGUCACAAAAGAAAAAUGAAAUCUAAGUGGAAUCAUUUGAGGGCUAGAUGAAAAUCUGUUGGAAAAACUAAUGACUUUUCUUAUCAACAUUUUUCUUCCCUUAUACAAUUUGUAAAUAAACUGUCUCUCAAUAUGGUUCUGGCUCUCAAUUAAAUUGAAAUUGUAAUAUUCAAUGUUUGAUAAUAAUUGUUGGUUUUCAGUUUAAUUUAUUUUUGGUUUUGCUUUCAUUCAUUUUUAUCAAUUUUGGUACAUUUUCCGACCGAAAAAUGAUUGAAAAAUAUUUUUCUCAAAUAUAGAGCAAUAACUUGUAAUAUAAAAAAGAUUCAACUUAAACUAAAUUCAACUUUUGAAUUUUGAAAUAAAAUUUCAAAAAAUUAUUUUUAUUUUGAAUAGAAUUUGACAAAUUAAAUUCAAUAUUACAAUGAUAUUUUUUUUUUAAAUAUUUAUUCUCAAAUUAAAAUUAAUGCUAAAGUGUGUCAUUUAAAAGUUAUAAUUUUGUUUAAAGUAUAAAAUUGAAAAUAUUAAAAUGUGGAAAAUACUAUGGACAUGCAUACAUACAUAUGUGUAAAUACUAUGAUGAAACUUUGGUGCAGGCGGGAUGCGAAAGGUCAAUUUAAGUGUAUAUUCAUACAUUAUUUUAUUAUCACAUUUACAUACACAUAUAAUUAAUGUUUUUUGCUAAAAAAGAAAUGGAAUAAUAAUUUUUUUAUUUUAAUCUUA